CGAUAAAAGGCGUCUUUAUUUAGAUCUAAAUAGAAAUAUGAUACUAUUUUAAAAAGUUAAACUGUCAAAAUUGUGUGUAUCCGUCACGUGACUAAUAAAAACAACAUGGCUGCCUGAGAAAAGUUUUUUCAAAUAAUUUCAAAAACAUCCCCAAAGACUGCAGCGGAAGAAUAAAGAUUAUCAGUCAUGCACGGUCUUGCAAUUCAAGGGAGUGGUCAGGGAUUUGGAAUGCCAAGGCAUCUCAGAUCAGAUCAUCCAAAAGACCAUUUCCGUGAGAAUGUGAGGAGAAUGAGGCAGAUGCAGAGACAGUCAAAGGAGCGAGAUGUUCAGUCAGCCCAGCCAGUAAAGGCUCUCUGGAAGUCAGAAAAAUACAAGGAUAUUUCCUCAAAAAUAAAGUCAGAUAUAGAGAAGGAGCCAGAUGCACCACGCCCUCACUCUGCCCAUUUUCUGCGGGCCCAUAUGAGAUCAGGACCAUCUGUGAAGCUUCAGAAUCGCCCGUGUACUCCAGACCCUCAACUCUCUGUACCACCGGCCAGUGAAGCAAAUGAUGUUCAGUUAAAGAGGAAUGACUUUGACUUCAUUAAGAUCAACGGUCGUUCUGCAAAGCACAGUCAGGUUCCCCGUGCCCCAAGUCUGACAGCCUUGGACGACCUGAAGAAAAAGCAUGAAGAGGAGUACCGGCGACACAAGCUGGGAGCAGUACCAACAUACCUGCGAGCGCGUAAGGAGCAAUGGAAAAAAGAGGAGGAGGACAGAGUCGCGAAUACCCCUGACCCUGCCUGUCCUGAAGGUCACAAAGUGAUGCCUGAUGCAGAACGUAGGGAGACCCUAGACCUUCUCAAACAAAAGCAACAAGAGCUGAUCAGCAAACUACAAUCACUCCCUCUCCGGACAGACACGUUCAGAAUGAGGAGCUGUAAACAGGAACUUGAGAACAAACUCGCAGAAAUGGAGGAGGCCAUCAAAAUAUUCUCGCGACCCAAAGUCUUUGUUAAGAGUGAAUGAAAAACUUUUUUUAUACAUCCAGAAGAUCCUAUAUAUUUGCUUAGAUGUAGUGGCACCUCUGUCCUAAGUAUCAGCAAGAUCUGUUCCUGUAACAGCAACAUUAAUCAGUGGCAUUUUAAGACUGCACCCAACAGUAACUGGUACAUACAUUAGUGAUGCUAUUGUUGUAUGGGGUAUGGUAUUGUCGGUGCUUGGAAAGGCUCUGUUCACCACUGUUGUCUGUGAUAGUUAUGUAAUGUCUUCAUUAGUGGAUGCAUAGCCUUUUAGAUUUGGAUUUGUCCCUAAGGACAUACUUUUAGCAAUACUCUUCAUAGUGUGAUUGACAUACAGGACAUUUGGGAAUGUAUUUAAGUAAUAUAGAGUUUUAUUGAUGAUUCAGUUGAUAUCAUCAUUGGAUAAUUCAGAAAUAUUCUAUUAGAAAUUUUAAAAUUUUCAUCGGUGAGUAUAUUUUUUUACCAUUUCAACAUAACGUGGUUAGUAAUACAAAUGUACUUUGGUUUGCGUUCUUUGUUGACCGUGUGCUUAGGCAACUUUAUUUAUAUAUAUACUACAGCAAAGUAUCUCAGCUACAAACUCUGUUCCAUUUUUUAUGACAUAAUUUUUAGCACUUCUAUGUUUUAAAGAAAAACAGUCCAGAUAUUAUCAUAGCCUUGGUGUCAUACAAACUUUAAUCUUGACCAUAACUCAAAACUGUUCAAGCUAUUAAAAUGACACUUGGUGUACACAUGUUUCAAGAGACAACAUAUACAUUUGCAACAAGGUACACAGCUCUGGCUUUAAUAAUUGAUGAGUUGUGCCCCCUUUUUACUUGAAGACAACAGACGGGCGUUGGAUGCCACUCCCCUGCACUCUUGUUAUUAUGUUAUAAAGCUUCUAUCCCCUUCCUGUUUUGAUUUUAUCAUUUAUGAAAUGUGCUCAGUAUUUCUACUUUUCUUGAUAUUUUGUGACGUAAUAAGAAAUUUUCUUAUGUUUUUUAAAUUUGUUUCACUAGUAUUUACUUUUGGCCUACAUUUGUAUCGUCCUGAAAGUUUUGUUAGAUACUAUAUUUUUAUUAUCAUAAGCAUUCACACAUAAAACAUUCCAGAAAGUAGUAGUGAAACAGAUGUUUAUCCAUAAACAAGUUUGUCUAUAUUUAUUUUAUAUGUAAUUACUCAUUCCAUUUUGCUGAUAUAAAACAUUCAAAUAGAAACUUA